UUACCUUAUUGGCUAUAUUACUUUAUCUUAAAUGGCUGGAAGCCAAAGUCCUCUCCCCUCUAUAUGAAACUUUUGCGACCGCUGAACUAAUGUUUUCCGUAUUUAUCUGUGAUUUUGCAGAUUCCAGAACGUCUACGUUGCAGGUGGAGAUGAUGAGGCAGCUGUCAAGAGGACGGGUGUGGAACUGAAUAUAUAUGGUCGUUAACUUAAGAUUUUCACCAUUCCUUUGGACACUGCAAAAGUCAGGCUUCAGCUUCAAAAGAAAGCGGUUUCAAGAGAUGUAGUGACUUUACCAAAAUACAAAGGCAUGUUAGACACUGUAUCUACAAUUACUAGAGAAGAAUGCCUGGCAGCACUUUGGAAAGGUAUUGUGCCAGGAUUACAUCGUCAAUGUGUAUUUGGAGGCCUACUGAUUAGAUUGUAUGAGCCGGUUAAAUCCUUGUAUGUUGGUGAGAAUUUCAUUGGAGAUAUUCCUCUAACCAAGAAAAUACUUGCUGGCCUUACAACUGCAAUAACAGUCGCUAAUCCAACCAAUUUGGUGAAAGUACGACUUCAAGCUGAAGGCAAGCUUCCAGUGGGUGCACCAAGACGUUAUUCAGGAGCCCUGAAUGCUUACUCUACUAUAGUCAUACACGUUUUAUAUUGAACUCUAAUUAAUUCUACCUUUUCUCUGUCAUGUUAUUUUACUGAAGUUGUCAAAGAUUUCAAAACGUUAGGAAGGAAUUUGUGCUCUGUGGACUGGGAUUGGUCCUAAUGUUGCACGUAAUGCUAUAAUAAAUGUUGUAGAAUUAGCAAGUUAUGACCAAGUGAAACAUGUUUAUA